AUGGACGCAAAAAUGAAUAUGGAAUAUGCAAGUAUUCAAUUAACUGAUUUACCUGAUGAAAUUCUUAUGAUUAUUUUUAAAAAACUCGAUGGUGUUGAAAUACUCUACUCUUUAUUAGGUGUUAAUAAACAAUUAAAUAAAAUUGUACAUGAUCGAAUUUUUACUAGUGUAUUAACGUUAUUAAAGUAUCAUUUGGAUGAUCGUAUCGAUUCAUUAUCUUUUCGAAUGCUUAAUAGAUUUUGUUCAGAAAUUUUACCUCAAAUUCAUAAUAAAAUUCAAUGGCUUAAUCUUGAAACAUCAUCUAUGAGACGUAUUCUUCGUUCUACAUAUUAUCCAAAUUUAAUUGGGCUUGGUUUGUAUGAACUUCACAUAGAAGAAGCUGAAUAUCUCUUUUCUGAGGAAACUUUAAUUCUUAGAUAUAAAAAUCAGAUUUCAUCACUUAUUAUCGGUUUUGGUGCAAGUCCUGUAGUAAAUUCAACAGAAACAAUGAGACUUCUAUUUAAACUUAUCUGUGAUACAUUCACCAAUUUACAAUAUUUAAAUUUCGGUCCAUAUUUAUUAAAUUGCUAUCAACAAUUAUCAUAUGCUCUUUUUCCUCCAACUGUUUUUUCUUCAACUCUGUUAGAAUUACAUGUCAAUUUACAGGAUUAUAUUGAUUGUAUUUAUUUACUUGAUGGACGUUUUAAUCAACUUCAUACACUUUAUGUUUAUCUUAAAUUCAUUUCUACACGUCGAAAAAUAAAUAAUAAAGAAAAACUACCUAAACUAAGAUGCUUUUCGUUGUCCUGUAAUAUAUAUACAGAUAGAUAUGACGAUUUAAUUCUACCACUUCUACAUCGAAUGACCAAUUUAGAAAAACUUGAGUUGCAGUUUGUUUGUGAAAGAAAAACAUUUAUUGAUGGUGAUGAUUUGAAGACAAAUAUUAUUGAUUAUCUGUUACAAUUAAACACAUUUACAUUUAAUAUACAAUCAAUCAGUUAUGGUCCUAACAAAACUAAUUUACCAUCAAAUGAAGAUAUUCAACAAAUAUUCAAAGAUUUUAAAUAUAAUCAAGUUAUUUCUUGUGUUGAUUAUUUUGAAGAAUGGAAAUAUAGUCAAUGUCUUAUUUUUUCAUAUCCAUAUAAAUGGAAAUAUUACAAUGAUAUAACAAAUAAAUUUCCAGGUGGUUUAUUCAAAUGUGUUCAGACUGUGUCGUUAUUGGAUGAUCGUCCUUUUGAGCAUGAAUUUUUUCUUCAAAUUGCUCAAUCAUUUCCAUUAUUGAAAAAGUUAAAUGUAAGUAACCGUAAAGCACAAAAGAAUAAACAAUGUCACAAAUCAGCUAAUGAAAACGAAAAUUUAUCAAUUAUUGAAUAUCAUCAUCUUACUCAACUUGGCCUGGAGGAGGCUCAUGAAGAUUAUAUUGAAGAAUUUUUACUUGAUACAAAAACCCAUUUACCAAAUAGGGUUUAUCUUCUUGCUGAUCAUCGACUACUAGCAAAAGUGACACAUAAUUUUGAAAGACAUUCAACACGAAUUAAUUGUUCAAAAUUAAUACAUUUCAUUGUUUAA